UUCCUUAGGACGCGAAACGCCUGGUCUUUUUGUGCAGUUGAAGAGAAAAAGAGAGAAAAAAGACGAUUUGCAAAGGAAUUCUUGAAUGAAAAAACUGAACAUUUUUGCCGAUUUUAAGUAUUUUUACGAAUAGAAAAACGUGGGAAUCAUAAAUGAAGAAGCGUGGAGUAAAAUCUGAUGUUCCUUUGAGAGAUUCUUCGGUCAAACUGGAACAAAUCCAGCCCAAAGUGAAAGCAAAUCUGCUCUCAAAAUCAAUGUUACUCCCUUGUCUUCUCGUAUUUAGAAUUUUUAACGCUUGCUUGAUCAAAACAUGGUUCGUCCCAGACGAAUUCUGGCAAGGCCCUGAAGUAGCGCAUAGGUUGGUUUUUGGAUAUGGCUACCUCACCUGGGAAUGGCAGGAAGGUUUGAGAGGCUAUACCUUUCCUCUCUUCUUUGCGAGUGCCUUCAAACUACUACAAUUCCUUGGUCUGGAUAACGCUACUGCUUUGAUUAUUGUGCCUCGUUUACUUCAAGCCAUACUUGCAGCUUUUGGAGACUUGUAUCUAUUUAAGCUGUCAACCAAAAUGUUCGGAAAAGAAAGUGCGAAGUGGUCUCUGUUUUGUAGCUUGGUUUCUUGGUUUACGUUUUACUGUGUAACAAGAACUCUUACUAAUUCCACAGAAACUAUUCUUACUACAAUUGCCUUAUACUAUUGGCCUUGGGAGAUACAGAAUGAAGCAGAAUCUAAAAAGAACUCAAACUUAACUCUCUCAUUGCUGUUUGCUGCCUUGUCUUGCUUGGUUAGGCCAACAUCAGCCAUUAUUUGGAUUUUUUUAGCCACAAUAUCAUUUUUCAAAAGUGAGAGGAAAAUGUCUUUUAUAUUUGCACACAUCAUGCCUAUUGGUAUUCUUGCUCUGCUGUGGUCUAUUUUUAUUGACAGCUGGUUUUAUGGCAAAUUAACUUUAGUUCAGCUGAAUUUUGUUGCAUUUAAUGUUAUCAAGGAUAUGGGGACAUUCUAUGGCAGUCACCCAUGGCAUUGGUAUUUUACCCAAGGAUUGCCAACGAUAUUAUUUUCUCAUCUACCCUUCUUCUGUGCUGGAGUCUACAAUUCCAAAGGAAGUCAAAGAAUUUCAGCAUUGCUCAUUUUGUGGGUCACCUUUGUCUAUAGUUUUCUUGGACACAAGGAAUUUCGUUUUAUUUUUCCUAUUUUGCCUCUGUGCAUUUGCUACUGUGGGUCCUAUCUGUCCUCCCUUGGAGCAAGCCCUGAUAACAGCAGCAAGAAAGCUAAGAAGACAUCAAAAUCUAUUUUAUUGCCUGCUAUCAUUGCCUUCCUUUGUACUACAAACAUUCCUGUAGCACUGUACUUUUCGCUGGUCCAUCAGAAGGGUGUCAUUGAUGUGAUGGCUUACUUGCGCAACGAUUUCAGUAACAGUAACAAUAUAUCAGUAUUGUUUCUUAUGCCAUGUCACUCAACUCCUUACUAUAGUCAUAUACACGAGAAUAUAACCAUGAGGUUUCUCGAGUGUCCUCCCAAUGAAAGUCCAGGAUAUAUAGAUGAAGCUGACAUAUUUUAUCAGAACCCAAAUGAAUGGUUGAACGAAGAGUAUGAUAAAAUAGGGGUUCAGGAUGAAAAGCUGCAGGCAUUACCAACUCAUAUCAUUUGCUUCAACAAGCUAUCAAAGGUAAUCAACUCAUUUCUCAAGAAAUUUGACUACAAGGAGUGUUCGAGAUUCUUUCACACUCAUUUCCCUGAGGGUCAUAUUGGGAAAGAAGUUAUAGCUUAUUGUCGGUAGAAUUUACUUGUCCCUAAAACUUAUGAUGUACAAGAUAUGCUUUGCCA